CGGCUCGCCAUUUGGCGCUGUGCUCCGGUCGCCGGCGGAUAUCAUGAGCCGUGCCUGAUGAGCGCCAGGAUGACGAGCCCCGAGCCGACGGACGGCAGCCGCUCGGGAUCACCGGCAUCGCCUGUUCCCUCGGCCGAGGGUGCCAACCACAAGCCUCGCCUUUCGUUCAGCAUCAGCCGACUGCUGGGCGACGACUGCGACCGGCGGCCCGACGGCGCCCUGCUCGGACCUUCGCCACCGCUCGUGUCGGCCGCCGAGAUGCCGGCGCUGGUCGCGGCCGCUCAUCUCAGCCCGCUGCACCUGGGCGCCAACGGGACGGUGAUCCGCGUGCCCGCGCACCGGCCUGCACCCAUGGGAGCCUCGGCGGCGUUCCCGUCCUUUCCUUGGAUUGGACCCACGCACCCGGCCGUCAAAGACCGCCUCCAAGUGCCAUUCGGGCUGCCGAGCGCCAUGCCUCCCGUGCCGCCCCGGAGGAUCGGCCAUCCGUACCAGAACCGGACGCCACCCAAGCGGAAAAAGCCGCGCACAUCGUUCACGCGCAUGCAGAUAUGCGAGCUAGAGAAGCGCUUUCACAAGCAGAAGUACCUCGCCAGCGCCGAGAGGGCAGCUCUUGCCAAACAGCUCAAGAUGACCGACGCCCAAGUCAAAACGUGGUUCCAGAACCGAAGGACCAAGUGGAGAAAAAUCAGCCCUCUUUCAACCUACGCCGCAUUUCCUGAUGAUAUGCGCCAGACGGCGGAGGAGCGUGAGGCGGAGCGGCACGCGGCCAACCGGCUCAUGAUGUCGCUCCAGGCCGAGGUGGUCAGCAAGUCCAUCUACGAGGGCGCCCGGGACUCGUUGUGCAUGAGCAACGCCUCGCUGCACGCCCUCCAGUCACUGCAGCCCUGGGCUUCGGAGGCAGCCGCGGCGAACGCGCUCCACGCGAGCGCCGCCGCGGAACGAGGUGCGGCGGCCGCCGCGUACCUAGCGCAGCCGCCAUCGCUCACCUCGCCCCUCUGCUGAUGGGCCGCCGGCCAGGCUCUGAUCUCGGACUACGGGCAUUACGCGCUGAAGCCACCUCGACGCGUCUCUGGGACAAAAAGUGUGCGCACCACGCGGAGCCGGGAAAGCGCCGUAUGGUGGUGGCUCGGUGCACGCAUUUGCGAUGGAUUCUCGAGUGGACUGCCCCGAGGCUUCGAUGUGACUGUGACUGCGUAGGCGGGGAGGUCGUUGCUAUGCUGGCCACACUGACGGACUGAAUGCGGUGUCGGUUCUCCGCAUGAGCGCCCGUUGGCUGCCUUUUCAGUGCACAUGUGUAAAGGCACGAAGCGCACGCGAGCCGACCGAUGCGCACUCGGCGUACGCAAGCUGUGCAGUAGGGUGCGGAGGUGGGUGUCGGGUGAUGUGUUGGCGCCAGAUCACAGUGAGCUGCAUAAGAUGCAUAUUCUAGCGCCUUAACCGCGUACCGACGCACCUAGUCGACACAAUAUACUUUAGGUGAGCUUCUCCACACAUUGACUUAACCAAGAUGGCGGACCCUAUGCUAUAAGUGCAACAUAUUCGGGACCGCAAAAGUUGAAGAGUGUUCAAGCGCAAUAAAGUACACAGAGAAGCAAAGUGACACACGCUUGUUUUGUGCACCAACUUGUUUGUGCGUGUCCUUCAAUGCGCUUGAACGUUCUUCAGCAUGCCUUACCAGCAAGGCCUAGUCUUUACGGUUGCAGAAGCUGAUUCCAGCAUGGGUGACACUAGUGCGUAUCCCUCAGUUUCCUCAGUGCUGUGAGCGUGAUGUCCACUAUAACGGUUAAAGGCAGUUAAGGUGAUUUCGAUGGGCGGGGAAGCCCGCUUUACGAGAAGGUAGUGUUGUCCUAUAGCACCUAUUUUCUCAGCACGUAUAACGUGGUUGAGCACUCCAUUGACCACUGUGCUAGCGAUUAUUCGCUAGAGUUUCAUAAUGAAGAGCACUUAUUAAGCAGCCACAGAUCACCAGCAUUGAUUAGUAAAUAUUAAGCAUUUAGAUUAGAUAUUUUAACAUAAGGUAUGCUUUCGGCAAAGGGUGCUGACGAGUUAAAUAUGCACGAUAGGAAGCUUUAUAGUUCUUGACAACCAUCACUCCUUUCUAAAUAAGCGUGCAUCCAAUAAAUGCGACAUCUCUAACGUUAAGGUCCUAGUCCUCGAGCGUUCAGGAACCUUGUACCUUAAAAACAUGCCUGUCGAAAUUAUAUGGAAGCACCAACAUGAUGCGGUCAAUCGGUGAAGACACGUAAGGUGUUUAACUGCACCUUAACUGAAAUACUCUCAUAUGCAAUAGGCGCGCAACAAAGCGCAAAGGCAGCGAGCAGGAUGACGCGCAAGAGAAGUAGUGAAGAACAGAAAACUGAACUCGAUCAGGGUGAAGCCGGUUAAACGGGGUCUGCGCAGGUAUUGUUUCAGGAGAGCCGCCACGAGUGAAGCACGCAUAGCGCGACCUCCCCUUCGGCCUGCAUGCCUGUCGCCAGCAGCUGUGUAUAGAACGACGUCGUCAGAGCUGUACACUCAUUGAAAGUGCCAUGACCGCGACGCGAGGUGUGCAAGAACUGUGUACUAGUCCUCCACGAACACUCUCCGGGCCCGAAAUCAUACAGCAUCCGACGUCGCGAACCCCUUGCAAGUUGAAACCAGUGUCUUCCGCGUCAUGGGACUCUCCGGUGGUGACGACCGUGUUGCCACGCACUCAACACGUGUAAAGCGUUUUCUUGUUUCGUUAUCAACAUUAUCAUUGUUCCUGUACGUCUGCGUGGCUUUCGGUUUCCUUUCGUGGACUGCGGACGUGACCUUCGUGGCUCUUCCCUCCUAAGGAAAAAAAGCAAGCACCGACUGACUCACUUUCCUGUCAUUUCUUGUCGUGCUUUUUUUUCUUUUUUUUCCUUUUUUUUCACACGCUUGGUCCGUUCUGUCAUCAUUAUUAUUUUUUUUUAUCGGCGGCCAGCCCCCACAGGCAACCGCUGCAGUGCGCGUUGGAGCCAAAGAAAUGCCAUAGAUGACGCCGAAGCAGCAUAAGGCGAUAGACUCUGGAGUGCGUCCCCCUAAAAGCCGUGUUUUUGUUAUCAGCCGCCGCUGCCUAAAGAGAAGACCAUACUGACCCCGGCUUCGGGAGAUGAACGCUUAGCCGCGUCUAGAGAUUUCAAGCCGCGCAGCAAGGCGUACGCCGGAUGGCUUCGGCGAUGUGGGGAUAGUCGUCUCAUUUCUUGUUGGUACUAUUUUGCCCGUCCGGGUGCACUACGGCUGCCGUUCUCCCGGGCAGUUUUGCAGGCGGGUACAAGUAGCCGCCUCACGAAGCCAACGAGUCUUGUAGAAUGCACUGUUGAGAGAUUCGCUGCAAGCGAAUGUAGCCUGUUAUGUACAUUAAAGCCCUCUCCUAGGCCGUGCUGUACCAUAUGAAAUGCGAAGAACCCACAGGCUAACAUGUAAACAAUGAAUUUUUUCUUCUUUUUCUUUAUGCCCAGUCCUUUAUUAAAUACUAAGAGCAGAGAUAACGAUUAAGGUAUUAAGUUACGGCAGAGCUACUAAAAUAUGCGGCAUGAUUACUUCACUAUUGCACAGAAAUUCAUGGACAACAUAAACUGGGUAAUUGAUAGUUAUAUUUAAAGCGUUUGUAGACAUCACCAACUGUGUUGAAUAAGAUAGGCUUCCUGAAACUCAUUCUUCCCUAGGCGUUUAUUUCCUCUGACGGAAUUAAGGUCCGCACUGGAAUAAAAACUAUUAUGCACGGCUCUCGAUCAGAAGGUUUAGAACGUUGUCAUGUAUUAUAUUUGUAAUAUUUACAUCAUAAUAAACUCAUUCCGUACGCAUGA